GCAUGCCGCCAAUGGGAGCCCCAUCUUCACUUGGCUCCGCCCCUCAUAAGCUCAGCCCGCCGUGACACCAGCUCUUAUUACUCCAUUCAGUGCUACACUACAGCGCUUCGUCCUCUCGUGAUUACCUUGUAGGGCGUGUGAGUUGUGGCCCGCCUGCUAACCUAUUGCGCCGCGCCUUCUCUAACUUAACUCCAGCCUCCCCUGUUCAGCGACUACUCAAUAUUGCGACGCGCCUGACAAACCAGACAAUUUAGGACGGCCACGGAUUAGUCGCUGCUGCAAGCUCGGCUCGGCUCCCGCCGCCUCAGCUUCCCGCCCUUUUGUGCGCCGCCGGCGCCUGCGCGCACCGGUCGCCCAAGCGCUCGCGGGCCCCUUUCGCGAUCGACCUAUCCUUUAAGGCGGUGCAAGCUCGCCAGCAAGCAAGCGACAAGAUGGAGGUGGCUUCCCGCGUGUUUGAGUUCGCGGCGUCGGUCUUUGGCGGCGCCGCGGCUGCGCCCCGCAACUUCAGCUCGGCGGCCGACCGGCAAGCUGAGUGUCAAGCGGGCGACCGCAGCCGCGACCGCUGCUGUGAGCAUCAUCAGCCGCAGCAAGAGCCGUCCACUUCAUCACUAGACCAGCAAGAGCAACAGCAAGAGCAACAACAGCAAGGGUGCGGCUCCUGGCAACACUUCGCUUCCUCCGCGUCUGCCUCUUCCUCCGCCUCUUCCUCCUCCUCCCACUCGCCGAUGCUGUCGGCGCUGCUGGCGGGACUGCUGCUGACAUCAGCCUCCACCUUCCCGCGCGGCGCCCUGGCAGACGACGGCGGCGGCUGGACGGACGGGCGCGCCACCUACUACGGCAAUGACGGCGGCGCCACAAUCGACCAGGGCUCCUGCAUGUACGGCUCGCUCCCCAACGGCCUGGUGUCGACAGGCACCGACAUUGCAGCCAUCGCCGACGCCAACCCUAGCUUCGCCGGCAGCUGCGGGCGCUGCUAUGAGGUCGCCUGCCGCGAGGCGCGCUUCAGCGACGGCUACGGCAAUGCCAUCGACCGCAGCGGCGGCACCUGCAGCCGCGGCGGCAGCGUCAUCGUCACCAUCACCGAUGCCUGCCCCUGCUACUACCCCGCCAACGAGUACAGCAACAAGCGCUGGUGCUGCGGCGACAUGGACCACCUUGACAUGAGCUAUCAGGCCUUCUCCAAGAUUGCCGAUCUGGGUCAGGGCGUCAUUGGCAUUCGGUACCGCCAAGUGCAGUGUCCGGGCUACUCGGCCUCCUCGCCGCGCAAAGGCGGUGGCUUCGUCCAGGGCGAGUGAGCUUGGGAUGCCAGCGUGGGGUUGUGGAAUGGGGGCUGUGCGGGUGGAGAAGGAUUGAUGAUAGGCUCCGGUAGGCUCUGGUACGGUACGGUAGGCCCCGGUGCGUCGUGUGGAGUGUGAGGUAAUGUGCAGGAUGGGCAGGAUGGGCAGGAUGGGCAGGAUGGGCAGGAUGGGCAGGAUGGGCAGGAUUUGCAGGAUGGGCAGGAUGGGCAGGAUGGUGCUGCGUGGCAGGCAGGAACACUGGGCCGGGCCACUGGUACUUACGGGGACAGGAUAGCACGCAUGCUCGUGCACACCACCUUGUAACCAACAACAACAGGAACAGGGGGUCGCGGGCAUCGAGAGCCAAAGCAGAUGCGCGGUUCCACUUAGAGCGCAUGUUGCAUUGGACGAGCAGACUAGCAGCUCUGCAAGCGCAACGUAUGCAUGCAUUCAAUCGGUUGAUAGCUGGCACAAAGUCCCAGCACGCAUGCAGUGGUAGGCGACGUACGGCGGCGGCCGUAGCAGCAGCACGCGGGGCUUUAUUUGUUAUAGGUCGGCAGUGGCAUGUUGUUCGCAUGACAAGUUGCUGUGCUGUAGGCUGUAACAUUUACAUUUG